AUGAAAGCCUAUGUGGUGAAUUUGGUGCUGUCAUACAAUAUUGGAGACACUAAAGGCCAUGAGUCUGUUCUGCCAGAGCACAAGGACAUACUUGGUAACAAAACACAAAAGCUCAAAAUCCCAGAGGGCGUGGAGGACAUAAGUAUAGAGGAGUGGGACCGGAUACAGAGAGCACUUCAAUGGGGGGGACCGGACCAGCAGGUUACCACUGUAAACAUGAGCACCAGUCCAGACCACACCACCUUCGUUAUUAAUAACUUUAAGGACAGUUACUCUGUGGGAGAGGAGCUGCAUGUCACCAUUGUUGCCAAGGACUUAACCGGAAGACCGAAAACCUAUGGAGGAGAUUUCUUCAAAGUAAAGGUUUUUUCACCCACAUUACAGGCUAGUGUGUUUGGAGGGGUACUGGAUCAUCAGAAUGGCACCUACUUGGCCCGGUUUACCCUACCAUGGGCGGGUGAGGCACGGGUGGCGGUCCUCCUGGUUCACACCAGUGAGUCUGUAGAGAUCCUCAAGCGACACCGGGAAACAGACCCCAACCGUGGCGCCUACUUUGGCUACUUUGUGGGCAAGAACUCUCAGGGUGCUCAAGUGGAGGAGAGGUCAGACUGCAACGUCAAAUGGGAGGGGGUGGGCCUGCCUGGUAAGGGGGUCUGUUGCUGUGAAUACCCAGAUUUAAAAGCAAAGCUGACGUGGCACUGCCGUAAACCCCCAACUCUGCCAUGCAAUACUCUGGUGUACCAUGGUAUGGGUGACAAUAUCGUGCAUGAGUGGACAGAAUUGGAGAAGGCAAUCAUGGACAGGCAAUAUGUGCAGCGUUGGAUCAAGGGUGAUUCACGUGAAAUUAGAGUCCUUGCCUCUAAUUCAACUAUUGGACAGAGAGUGAAAUGUAAACCUGGAAUGCCCACACCCAUACCAGCAGGAUUCUACAUGAAAGACGUUUGGACGUCAUUUGUGUGUGCCACCCGUCAUUUUAACGCUGCCAGUGAAAAAACUCAGUGUUUGAGGGACAAACACAUCUACAUGAUGGGAGACUCCACUCUCAAACAGUGGUACGACUUCAUCGUCUACUCCAUGCCAAAUCUCAGGCUCAUGAACCUACAUACCCACUCCCACAAUGGUCCUUUUUUGGCUGUGGAUGUGGAGAACAAUAUCGACGUGAACUUCCGCACGCAUGGUGUCCCCCGACGCAACCCCAAGGCCACGUUCACAGAUAUGCACUACAUUAGUAACGAGAUCGAUGGCAUGGCUGGUGGCUCACAAACUGUUGUCAUCUUUGACAUUUGGGCGCACUUCAAACUAUUCCCACACUCCUUCUUUGCCCACCGGGUGUCCCAGAUUCGCCGUGCAGUCGUGGACCUCUUGAGACGUGCGCCAGCAACCAAGGUCAUCAUCAAGACGGCUAAUACAGGAUUGGCGGAUUUCCAUAGCGUUGACUGGCUAGCCUCGCAGCUGGAUCAAAUCAUGCGUGAAGUGUUCCGUGACGUGGGAGUUUACAUCCUGGAUGUGUGGCAGAUGACCUCGUGUCACUAUAACAGAGAGGACGUCCAUCCUGGCGGAGUGAUCAUCAGAAACGAAGUGGACCUUCUUCUCUCUUUUAUCUGCCCGGCGUAA